AUGAAGAAUCUUCUGAGGAAGAGCCUAUUUAGAGUAUCCGUGCUCUUUGUCUAUGCCUUAUUCGGAGGAGGACUAUUCUACUGUAUUGAAAAGAUACCCGAAGACAGCAAAGAUGUUUAUUUAAGACUCUCUCGGGAGCUGCAAACAAAUUUUACAAACAAGUUCAAUGUCUCCAUGAACGAGGAAGAUUUUAAAAGGUUCAUCUAUAGAGCUUUCGAAGUAGUCGGAGUUAGACGUAACGCAGAUUGGAACUUUCUUCGCUCACUCAGUUUUACGCUGACAACUUUAGCGACUGUUGGUUAUGGUCACAUUACACCAGAGACUCCACUUGGACAAAUCGCAACGGUGGUAUACAGCUUUCUUGGUAUUCCUCUGACGAUGCUGGUUCUGAAAACAAUGGGAGAAAUGGUUUCCAAACUGGUUAAUCACUUAAUAUACGCAAUCGAGGCAAAGUUGCUUUGCAGGAAACGACCUGGAAACGUUAAGAUGAAGAGUGUUUUUGUAACAUUUGCUCUCGUGAUUCUGACCAUUUGUCUCGGUGGAUUGGAAGGGAUCUACCUUGAAGGUUGGACUUUUGUAGAAGGGUUCUACGCAUGGUUCGCCACACUAUCCACUGUAGGCUACGGUGACUACGUUCCCCGAUGGAGUUUGCUUUUACAAGCUGAAGAAUCUUCAAAUCCAAAAUCCAAGUUGGGCCUUGGCUUGAUUAUGUUUAUUUCAGCACUCCCAAGCAUGGCAGCUCUGUGUGCGGUUGCUGGUCUACUAAACGCCCUCGCUGAAACCGUUGAUGAGUUGAAAAUCAAAUCGAACGCUCGUAAUCUUUUUCUUGGGCAUCAUGAAAGAAAAAUUGGAAUUGGAAGGACAUGUAUCAACGAAACAAUCAGUAACAGAAGAGAGCGGUCAGCAACAUUUUGA